AUGCCCGAAUUCUUUCCCUUCAUCCCCGGCACCGAGGCAUCUCGCGCCGCCCGCCAGCACGCCGCCGACAGCUCCCCCUUACUCGGCCGCUUCCGCGCGGUGCCGCGCACACGCAAUUCUCCAAGGUCGCAUGCCCAGAACCAACUCGGCCUGCUCGGCGGCCCCGGCGGCCGGGGCAGCGUGCACGUUGGCUACGGCGCUCUCGUGACCGCUGGACUCGAGGAGGGCGACCGCCACGGCAGCCGACCAGCCGACGACAGUGACUCGGACAGUGAGGACGACACGGGCUUAUUACGGCGGCAGCGCCGGUUCUGGAGGACUUCGUGCAGGAGGCUGAAUGAUGUGUGGAUAUCGCCGCGCCAGACGGCGGUCAAGAGAGCCGUCGACACCUGGUGGGGCCGUUGGGGGAAUCUCGUCUUCCUGCCUGCGGGGCUGGCAAUAGCCUGGUGUUCGAUACCCUUCCCACAGUACCCACUUGACCCUCAAGAUCCGGAUCACAUUCCGGGACCGCCCUCAGACUCGGCGCCGAGUCCGGGCCACCGGGCGCCUGGACACGGCGAGGCUCGGGUGCAGGUCAACUUCUGGUUCUUCCUCUUCGUUUACUAUGGCUUCUACAACCUGACGGCACUCAUCUGGAUCACCAAGGUCUUCAACCUAUACAGUCUGAAUUGGUGGCCCUCGUCCCUAGGCUUCCCCUUGACCAUUAGCUUGAUCGCUGCAGUCUCGAUCCUGGGACCGAUACCUCUGUACAUCUUCCCAGAGACUCGCUUCCUGACUGUGCACAACACUGCCUGGAUCAGCUGGACCUUUCUCAUAAUGGCGUUGCCCGUAGGCAUCGCGUUCUGGAUCUUGAUGACACAUGAGCGGCAUCUCGGGUUACGCCACUCUUUGUCUGAAACGCAACGAAUCUUCACGAGCUCCUGGUGGACGGGCGACACUGACACCAUGAUUCCUGCACGCGGUAGCCGAGGCCAUCUUAGAGUCGAUAUCGGGGCUUUUGACCCGCAUGCUGGUUUCGAGGUGUCUACGGAUCAACGGGGUCGCCACCGACACAGGCCGGCGCUGGCCGAGCGAAGGCGUUGGCUUCCCGCAAGUUUUGUGCGGUUCGUCUGGUUCUGCCUUGCACUUCUCGUGGGCCUGUUUGCCUACCUCAUUGGGGAGGCCUACGCCGAGAUUUACCUGAGGACACUUCCACACAACAACUUCGAGACCAUUGCUUAUGUCUACAGUUGGAUUGUAACAGUGCACCUCCUGGACAUGCUGACAGGCUGGAUUCUGGGGGCGAGCGAGGACGAGCGCGUGGGCAGCUACCCGUUGAGUUGGAUCUUCAAACUCUACUUCAUGCUCACCUACCAAACCUAUGUCCGAGCAUUAUAUGCUCGGCUUCGCUCUCCCGAACAAUUUAUCUGGCUUCAGGCGCUGUCGUCAGGGUUUCUCAUCAUCCUGACGCCGAUUCAGAUGACACCCCUAUUUCACCGUAUCCUAUGCCUGCUCGGCCUAACCGGUCAGUCUUAUGGCUCAUACCUCAAACUUCAGACCCGCAACGUCUUCAUACGCUUCCUCGCCGAAAACGUAUCCAUGAUCACAUUCCUGGGCUCUAUCCUGGUGCUGCAUUACGGCCCAAACAAGGAUGUCUACCCAUACUUUGCCUUUGACGGCACCGACAAGUACUACGACUUUGACCUGACCAUGACUGCCUCGGUCAUUACCUGGGCGUGCGAACUGGUCGCGGGCAUUGUGCUGCGCGCUCUGAUUCGGUGGUUCUUUGGUGUGGAUGCCACGGCUGAGGGGAAGCUUGACCUUGCCGUGUGGCCAGAGCUCCUGCCGACUGCCGUUGCUGCGAUGCUCCAUGUACUGCAGAACAUGAUGUUCUCUAUUAUACGGCUCCACUUUGGGUGA